AUGGCACCGCCUCCGAAAAGAUUGGAAAUCCCGGGCAUGUACUACGAUGAGGAAAAGAACCGAUACUUCAAGCUAGAGAAACACCACCACCUUACUCCUAGUAUCAAACACUCUAUCCAAAGCCAUGAAGUAGCCAAGAGGGAGAAAAAGAGGCAGAAGCGGAUCGAGGCCAAACAAGCAGCGGUCAAGAAGCAUCGCAUCACACGCUCGCGCCUGAUUCAGAGCCCGUGGUCAUGGAGCUUAAAGACGGAAGUCAAUGGGCCUAAAGCCGACCCUAGCGCUCAUGCGAAAGGCCUCGCCAGCGUAUUAAGUAACCCAAGUCAAAAGCUUCUGAAUCCUAGCACCGUAUGGUCCGAGAUCCCGUCCACAGCCAAGGUCACCCACUUUGACUACGACACGGAGACACGAACGAUCAUCGCAAGCGUCGAAUGCGGUAUGAACUUUGUUAUCAGUGCAUCUUUGGAUGAUAUGUAUCCUAGAGCUGGUCGAGGUUUUCCCAUCUCCCGUCGAUUUAUUGAAACUCAGAGCACAGCAGUCAGCUCGCUCCACAUCAAUUCUAACAGAAACCUGAUCACGACGACCAGAGGAGAAUCUGCGGCGUCGACGAUCCAGAUAACCCCUCUCCGAUCUCCACAGGAAGCGGCGGCUGGCGAUGAACGAAUUUAUGGAGAUGUAAAAGAGAACUUAAGCCCUUACGGAUUCACCACUAUCUGGUCAAGUGCCUCGAAUCCGUUCCCUAAUGCCACAGAAAUAGCGGUCGUUGGCACCUCAGAACAUAUUAUUCGUCUCGAACGCGACCUCGUAGUCGGGACUUGGGAUGCAAAGAACGCUUUCAAAACAAGGAAGAGUGAUCCCUUGGCUAUGGACUGGCUUAGUCCUCAGACCGUCGCAGUAGGCUUCCGAAAUGGCUUUGUGGCUCUUUACGACCCAAGAACCUCCGACCACGUAAUGCGGAUGCGCCAUUCCAGAAGCGUGAUCGGCCUCAAGCGCGCGGAUAACGAGCAUCGACUCAUCGUGACGGGGUUCAAGAGUAAAAUGGACAUGUACGAUCUCCGCAUGUCCGCAGACGGCAAGGGCCAUCAUCGGCCGAAUAAGCAACACAACACAAAACCAUACUUGUCUUUUGACUACCAGAACGACUGGCACUAUCCGCUCGGCUUCGACGUCCAUUAUGGAGCUGGUCUUGUCGCAGCAGCCCAUAACGAUGGAAUCGUACAACUGUAUUCGAUGAGAAGUGGCGCGAAGGUUCGGCAACUGAGGCAACCGGUCAGCGCCCAGAAGAAGGAAGUGACUUGUCUGAAAUUUGUCGAGGAGGUUGCCGGAGUGGAUGAGGGCCGCACGAAGUUGCUUGGUAGCGCGGGCUGCUGCAUCAUGCAAUGGGUGUAG